AUUAUAUGCUCCCUCCGUCCAGAUAAAUUCCUUAUGGUUUAACCAUUAUAGAGUUUAAGACUGGCUGAGAACGCACAACGUGCUUUUUUCCUGUGACUUAGAUGUUUAUACAUGAUAUACAAAUCGUGAGUUAUCGUAUGUAUGACGUGUAGGUGAUUCUUGAGAAUAAGGCUUUGUGGAAAUCGGGGGAAUAUGUUUAGUUGACAUCGUAUUUGGGAAAGAAAAAGAAAAUUACUAACAACUGAGGACGAACUUCAAGAAGCAUGUUUUUGGACCCACAAAGCGUUACUAACAUCGUAUUUUGACAAAUUACUACAAAAAAUGCAUUUAACACCGCACUUUACACAGCACAUAGACUGAAAUCGGUGUGUAAAGGUUAUGGGAAAGAGAUGCUCGCGUUUCCAAUAUGGGAAGGCGCUCAUCAAUUUUAGUUUUUACUCUUAAGCAUCGGAUUGCACAAUAUCCGCUGUUAAUGUCUUCAGCGCUUCAACAUUCCAAUCCGCUACAAAGUACAGUCUUCUAGAGCAAACCACCAUCUCCACCAAUUCUACCCUCCUCUACACCGACGCCUGAGCUCUUCAACAGCAAAUCUAGCCGCGCAAGACUCCUGAGCUACCAAUCGCGGCAUUGUUUCGCACCAAUCACUUGGUUCUGUUUCAACCAGUGCCUCAUUCUUGUAUUGUUUCUUUUGUUUUCAUACCAUUGCUAGUUUUUGUUGCUUUGUAUAUCUUUGCCAGCAUAGAGUCAGUACAACAAGGAUUCUUCACUUGGUGUUCUUUUGUGUAUAAUUGUUUUAAGUGGAUUUGUUGGCGCAUUAUUUUUAAUUAUUUAUUAUUUAAUCUUGCUUUAUUCCUGAUUAAGAAUGGAUUUUUUCAUGUUAUUGGCUGUUUCUAUUGUGCUCAUAAAUAACUACCUUCUUCCAGUUUCAGCAUUUUCGUUGGGCCAUUUGCAUCAUUAAAAUGCUUCCAUUUAUAGUAGCGAUAAAAUAUGUACGGACACAGAUCUGACUGGACAUGCUGGAGCAGCACCCUCGGCCAGGAUACAAAAGGGUUCACGGAGGUUUUGGUUUUGGUGAUGGGAAUGAAUCUGACGGCUCCCUCACUCCUGUCUAUUCCUUCACUCCUGGAAGAAACAAGACGUUCUCGAAAUCAUUUAAGGCUGGCAAGUUUCCUCAAGCAACUGCCUCUAUGUCGCCCAAAGAGUCUCACUCCACUCUGUGAUCUACUGAACUUAUUGGAAUUUGUUCACACCUCUUAGUAUUUAUUAAUUUGUUCCCUGCCUUAACUGUAGGCGUUCCUGCGUUUUGAAACAAUCACGGGGUUUUCAUGUGCUGUAUUAUUAAUGUCAAUUGCUAUAUUAUGUGCAUUUCUAGUAAACUGUUUUGGAGGAU